AUGCUUGUAAACCGAUAUUGUGCAAGAACUUUAUUGUCCUGUUCGUUAAUAUUGACUCAACUACCUCGGUUAUUCACUACAACUUCCGCCACUUUAACAAUGUCUCAAGAUUCGGUGACGGCUCGUGUCGUCUUUGUCACAUGCCCGGACGAGGCUGUGGCGAAGAGAUUAUCAAGAGGUUUGGUUGAAGGAAAGCUCGCCGCUUGUGUCAAUGUUAUCCAUGGGAUAACCUCACUUUAUUGGUGGGAUGGAAAAAUUGAAGAGACCACGGAGCAAAUGCUCGUAAUCAAAACUGAAGAAAAACAUGUUCGUGAACUUACAGAUUAUGUCAAUAAGAAACAUGGCUAUGAGGUCCCAGAGGUUAUUUCAAUCAAGAUUGAUAAAGGAAGUACCAGAUAUCUUGAUUGGAUCAAAGAUAGUGUGAAGCCUUAA